GCCAAGAACUGAAGACGAUAUCGCUAGGGAAACAAGACCUGCCCGAGAUAGCUUCUUGAUCGCUCAACAAAUAUAUAUAGCAUGUCCUCUGCAUGCCCAAGUUUCACCUUUUCUUGCAGCAACAUCUCCUGCAGCAUCUGGUUCUGCUGUGGCGGAGGCGGUGGCGGCUCCAGCAAGGAACCCGAACAAGACUCCGUGAAACAAUACCAGGCGGCACAUCCACAGCCGAUGCCACCACAACCGCAGGUCAUAACUGUACCUGAUCACCUUAGACCCAUUUCUGAACAACAGCCUCCGGAGCUUCCACCGACCCCGCCUCCUGCUGCAGCGCCGGCGCCACAAGCUACUACAGUGCAUGCCCGUCCACCACCGCAGACCAAUCCUCCUCACCAUGUGCCAUCCACUGAGACAUACUAUCUGCCACCACCGUCGACACAGCAGCAAUCCUGGCCUCAAACUCUUCUGCCGCCAGCAUUGCCUCUGAGAGUUCCAGCACCACCAAAGGUACAUGAUCCGUGGCCACCAUCUACGCAGAUAAUCCCUUCUGAGGUGCAACCUACAAUGAUGCACAAGCCGGCACCGCAGCCGGCACCUGUGAGAUCACAGGCACCACCCCUGCAGGCUCCAUGGCCUUCUCGUCAGCCAUCAAAGACGUAUCAGGCGCUACCUCCCGAGCAGCAACACCCGGCGCCUCCUCGUCUGCCAUUCAAGACUUACCAGGCUGCACUGCCACCGCAGGCGCUUCCACCUGGGCCUCUGGUUGAUUCGAUGCCCUUAGUGGGAUAUUACCCACAAGAACAUCCGGAAUACUUUGACCAAGAAACCUAACAAAUCUGCUAACUGUAUGUAGUAGCAACUUGUGGUCAAUUAAGGAACCGUCCCUUUUAGAACGGGUUGUUAAUCAGUAUAUUGGUUGACAACUUUAAAGUGUGUUUUAAAUUUUUUUCCUUUCGACUGUAUUGUACAGAAGGUAUAGACAACUCUGCUAACAGCAACCGGCAGAGAAGCAGAAUGGACGGAUAGGUUUUUAUCCACUUUUCCUUUUUGAUAGUGACUGGACAAGUUGUUGUAAUAAUUCUUGAAUAUUUAAGGAGACUCGUCAGGGUUAACAAAAGUAA